AUGUGGAUCCACGUCUUCAGUCUAACCUUUGCCACGGCAGCUGUGAACAUGCCCCAUUGGUUGAUCAACCUUCGAAACACUAGACGCCGAGCGCAUUCGCAAACAGGUCGCUUUGAUCGUAAAAGUGCCCCAGGAAACAUCGUUGAUGCUGAGCUUGUUUCAAGAAAUUACCACAUUGGCAAAGGCUUGCGGGUGGCUUUUGCAAAUGUCCUGCGAGGGAGGAGGCUGCGCAUUCGCGUUGAGCAUGAUAACGACCAAGUGCCACCGAGACUGAGAUAG